AUGUCUCUCAUUCCAAGCUUCUUUGGCAAUAGACGAAGCAACGUUUUCGAUCCAUUCUCUCUUGAUAUUUGGGAUCCCUUUGAGGACUUCCCUUUCUCAAGCUCGGUAGCCAAUGUCCCAAGCUCUGCCCGCGAAACCUCUGCAUUUGCUAAUGCUCGAGGAGUGCUUCAGAUUAGUGGAGAGAGGAGCAAAGAGCAAGAGGAAAAGAAUGACAAGUGGCAUCGCGUGGAGAGGAGCAGUGGUAAGUACCUUCGCCGGUUUAGGUUGCCGGAAAAUGCCAAGACAGAUCAGGUAAAGGCUAGCAUGGAGAAUGGUGUGCAUACUGUGACUGUGCCUAUGGAGGAAGUGAAGAAGCCUGAGGUGAAAUCCAUUGAGAUCUCUGGUUAA